AUGGAACACAAUCAAUACUCAACUAUGUUAGUAACCAGUACGUAUGCCGAUAUUUAUUACGAUGACCUUUUCUGUGAAACUGAAGCACCUUUCGAUCCAAACACAAGCAAUGUAAUAAAAGAACGGCCACAUGCACAAUGGCAAUCACCCAGUGAUUUAAUUAUAGACAAAGUAGAUUUAAAGCCGCCCUUAACUUCAAAAAUUACGAGAGGCAAGACUCAUGAAGGUAUAAUAGCAAUCGGAAAUGAGGUACUGCUAAAAGAAAGAGAUAAAUUUGUGCAAAAAAUCAAUGAUUUGGUGGAAAACAAUAAUUCUGCUUGGAAGAGAAUUCUAGACCAUGAAUCGGCCUCAAUAAUAACAAAAAUUCAACAAAUUUAUGAUGAAAUUCUAGAUAGUAAAAAUAAUAUUUUUGCCCAUGAAAUUACAAAGUUUUAUUCAGAAUCUCUUCAGGAACUGGAAAAUUUUGUUAUGUGUGAACUAGAAAACAUGAAAAUCAGUACUUCUGCUCACAUACUAACUAACAUGAACAUUCAAAUAAAACACAAGUUAAACAAAGAAAAACGCAUUCUUGAAAACGUCCUACAGAAACGAUAUAUAACUGAAGUAGAAAAGAUUAAAAAGUAUUAUAAAUUACUUUUACAAAAUGAAUUAAAAGAAUCUAAUAAACAUAUAAACAAAGCCUUAUUUGAGAAAGACGAAGCUCUGAAGGCUUUUUGUAAAGAAGCAGAAGCUGACAAUAUAACUAGUACUAUGUACGUAAUGUGUUCCGAAAGAAAAAAAUGUAAAAUUAGGAAAUUUCUUAUAAAUAAUAUUCAUAGUUCAGAAGUUCAAGAAAAACUUAAUAAAAUUAAACAAAGGCAAGAAACACUCGAAAAUCUAGAAAAAGAAAAAUCACACGCCAGAGAAAUAAAUAAAAACUGGGAAGAAAAAAUCAAAAAGAUACUUCGACUGUUUCUAAAAUUUAUUAGUUUUGGAUUAAAACUUUUACCUGAACAAACUUCUUUCUUGUUUGACUUUCAGAAAAUGGUUGUUUUACAAUUAAAUGAGAUACAAAGAGCGCCUAAUAAUGCACCAUUACUCUUAAUUGAAAAUGAGGACUUACAAAAUGAUUUUAAAUUCGAGCAAGCUGAUGAAAAAGACGUGAACUGUAAAAGGGAUCCAUUUGUUAUAACAGGUGAUUUAACUGAACCUACCCCAAUACGGUAUGGUAGUAGAGAAACUUUACCUUCUGAUGUAGAGUUGCCUAUAAUCAGAAUACAAAGGCAAUAUGUUUAUGCCAAAGGCACGCAAUUUUCACAAAUCAAAAAGUAUCUUGAUUCUAAAACUUGUAAAUGUUUAGAAAAUCUACAGAAAUCUGAAUCAAAAAUGAGUUUAGAAAAAAUUGACUCAGUGGAAAGUGCAGAUGAUUCCGUUAAAAGUCAAUCAUCUAGCGAAUUGUUUUUGGUCGAUGAAAUCAAUCGCCUUAAAGAUUGCCCUGUAAAGCGAUGUAAAGACUGGAGUAAAGGUAUUUCUUUCCCAGAUUUGGAUUCUUACUUAGACUUCACAGACGAAAAAUUUGAAUUAGUUAAAACUAUAUUGGGUGAUCAAGAAACAGAAAUUGGCACCGUUACUGGAGUAUUAAAUCCAAAGGAAAUAGCUACUGCAGAACUGCUUUUUGCUGCUACUAAAGAAAAAUAUCACACGAUUGCAACACAGUAUUCGAGCCAAGAGAGUGUGAAUGUUUCAGACUUAACAUGUGCUUGCAUUGACAAUUUAACACCCAAUAUUAACGACGUACAUUAUUUGAAAGAAUCAGCAAGCGAAAGCCUUAAUCAAAUUCUGGCAAAACGGAAACAGUCGUUACAACGUCUAAUGCAAACACAUACAAAUUUACUAAAAAUGUUCACAGAUGAAUGUUUUGAUUUUCAAUUUUAA